UAGCCUAACUAAGUUACUAAUAAGCAACGAAUAGCAAUCAAUCAUUCCCUUUUAUUCUGAUUGUAAACAGUAUAUGAUGCAUCCACAAAAAGUCCUAAUUCUCUUAACCACAUAAGGCCCCGACGAAAAAAAGCCAAGUUUAUGGAGAAUAUACAUAGGUAGGUAGGUACCUAACCCAAACUUGGAUUAACCCAGACCUAGAUCUUAGGCCGGGCUAAUUCAACGUUCUAAGAAACUAAUGGCCGAAUGCGAAGAUUUUAAGAAGGGCCUUAGCCUCUUGGGUAAGAACCUGGAUGAGACCGAUAGGUGGGUCUCCACAUGGUCUUUCUUGCCCGAACAAAUCAAAGCAGCACUUUUCAAAUUUGCCCUUCUCCUUCUCUGGUGCGUUCUCGGCCUACUACCAAACCCUCAAUCCCUCAAUCAUGAGUUCGAGCAUGUCCCACCACCGCCUUUUACAUAAAGCAGAAUUCUCGUCAGCUUUUGACGGAUUAUCACCUAAUGAAUAUCUUGUUGUAUAGGUAAAAAUAGACUUUCUACCUGCGAGCAAAGCGAAUCAUUCCAUGAUAUCGCCGUUCAUAUGAAAGUCCAGAUUCGUUGCGGCCCAAACUGCGAUUCUUGCGACCCCUGUGACUGUACGAUCAACGCGGUUGAGACAUUAUGACGCCUUGGAAAACAUGUUAACUUCGUCGCCAUCAAUACCAGGAGCUACAAGCGCAUCGCCUAGAACAUUUCACUAUGCAACCUCUCGCUCUCCCCAGCAAUCGCCCAAGAUAACGGUACCCUUACCGCGCCGUCAGUCCAGACACUCUCUAUCGCGCACCUCGCCUUCGACACCUCUACGAUCCCCGUCGCUCUCCAAGCCGAAACAAUAUGUUGGAGUUGAUGCAGCUACGCAGUACUCACCUAUGGAGCCAUUCGACCCUACGGUCCCGUUACGGUCCGCCCAAGUAUCGGGACCAAGGAUAUCGAGCUCCACAGCCUCAGCGAUAACGAAGACGACGAGCCAGCCCAAACAGCAACCUACCGCACCGGACAAUGCUCCCGGGCCAAGUUCGACACCGAAUAGCUCUUCCAAGAUCGAAUUCCAAACACUUUCUCCCAAUAAGAGACGCAAGUCGCAAGAUCCCAUAACGAUCGACCCGUCUUCGUCGGUGGUGGCAUUAAGCCAGCCGAGCUCCCCAAAACGGACAAAACCUAACGAAUGCCCCCCCAAGGUGCUACCUCUGAGAUACGAAUUAUGUGAUAGGGAAGACAUGGUAGUCCUAAUCUCAAAUAUGCUUGGGGAGCUUAUCGAGACAAAUGACUCGAUAGCCAUGAAAAGUGGCCAUCUCACAAGGUUUCAUUCUAGGACGGCACCGGGUAUAUCAGUAUUAGAUUAUCUACAGCGACUUGCGAAACACGCCACUCUUACCCCUCCUCUUCUCCUAUCUAUGGUGUCCUAUAUUGACCGCUUAUGCGAGGAUUACCCCGACUUUACUAUUAAUACCUUGACAGUACACCGGUUCCUUAUUACCGCUGCCACGGUUGCGGGCAAAGGUUUAUCAGAUUCGUUCUGGAACAAUUCGUUCUACGCACGCGUGGGGGGCGUGAAAGUGGCAGAAUUAAAGCUACUGGAACUCGAUUUUCUAACUCGGGUGGACUGGAGGAUAGUCCCAAAACCCGAGUUGCUCGAGGCCUACUAUAAAGGCCUAGUUGCGCGUUGUGCGGGGUAUGUCUUGGAAGGGGACCAGUCACCUUCAUCUGACGAUGGCGACGAGUCCGAAGAGACAGGAACCUCGUAGAUUAUGAAUAGAAGUGGGAUAUGAGAGACAGACGAUGAGGUGGCUCCUGCGGUGAGGUUAAGUAGGCUGUUGGAGACACUACACAAAGAAUAUUCGACCUUGGAGUUUUUCGGGGACAUGGGUUGCAUUUGACGCCAAGUGCGCGGUGGAUGGGUUAGUACGGCUAUUUGGAUAUUAGACGGAACCAUGUUAGCACCGUCGAGCAGAGCCAAGGACAUACCCCCAGCGAUUGCAAUGUUCAUAGCGAAAGGAAGAAGGGAAGAAGAAACUUGGACAGGAUAUCAACCCCAGGGUGGUGAAUGGGUUUUACGGUGUCCAGCCUAUGGUUUAACAGCUAACUAAUGAAAUGAAAUAUAUCUUUUUUAUUACUAUUUAAGAUCCUAAGCAGGUCGUAACUUAAAUCUUAU